AUGCGGCUGCGAUUUUUGGACGAAAGGCUACGCGCUCAAAACGCAGAAGAGGCCCGUAAAUUACCGGAUAUUAAAGAUGGGGCUUCGGAGAAAUCGACAGAGUAUAAACCCGCUUCGAAAAGAAGGGCUACUGUUGGAGAAGCCUUGUUAAAAUCCGGCGACAACGAGAAUCAAGAUCCAAAGAAAGAAGGCGAAGAUAGUGUGCCCGAAAUCAAAACUGAAAGACGCAAAAGUAUUUACAGAGAUGGACAGGGCAGACUCUCCCUGCGUCGACUUUCACUGAUCAUGCAAGAUGAGAUCAACCAGCGAAAGAGAAUUACAGUCAGACUCACCGAGUACCACAAAGAAUUCGCCAUGGACACUAAGUUUGCCGAGUACAGGCAGCGGCGACAAUCGCAAAUUCCUUUUGACAUAAGAGUUGGAAUCAAAAAGACUCAGGAGCGAGUUGAACCGACUUUUAAAAUGGAGCCUGAUGAAAAGCCGGAUAUAAAGGCAAUAAAAUUUAUGAUGAGCCGGAUCCUAAAAAAAAAAUGCACCAGCAUGAGCCGUACAAACCCAACGCCGCUAAGAGCCAACGAAGAGUUACACAACCAAAUUAAGAAUAUCCUGCCAACACGAUACCGACUCAUUGUGCAGGUAAUAUCAGUUCGUGAUGAAGGACAAACGUUCCGAAGUGCCUCCAAUUUUCUGUGGAAUCCAAAAUACGACUAUUACGUCUCAGUCGAGGUCAAACAUGGAAAUCUUAUUUUGCACGGAAGCUGCUUCCUCAUUUACUUGGAGUAA